GUGGACGCCCGGGGGGCUCGUCCACUCCCGCAACAUGGCGGAAAGCAAUCACAUCUGAAGAAAAACAAACUUUAGGCAAAAUAAAACGGCUAAAUUUCCAAGUGAAAUGCAACGACUGUGACGCGCCAUCAACAUGACAAGCAGCUUCCUCACAACCUACCGCAAUGACUUCCUCUGGCCCUUCGUCCGCACUGCCCCCCUCAGGCCGGGAUGCCAGGGCGUGCGCUACACCACGGUGCCCUCGCCCGAGCAGGCCCUGGAGCGGGGGCUCUGCCUGGAGGAGUACGAGCGCCUGCUGGAGGCCCGGCGCCGCUGCCAGGCGGAGGCGGAGGCUGCCGUGGAGCUGCACGCCGGCCGACCUGGCCCCCAUACUCCAGCGGCGGCCUCCCCCGGGGCUCCGCACGGCUACUGCAUGCCGGCCGAACUUCAAGUAGCGCGCAACGACCGCGCGCAGCAGAACCUCAAGAUGCUCCAGGAGAAACACCCUUACCUGUUCAACAUGAUCCGGUCGUGCCCACCCGAUGACCUAGUGGCCAGGGUGUUCAAGGACAGAUACAAGAGCGUCUACCAGGUGGACUACUGCAAGCAAGGCGAGUACCCGAACAGCGAGUACGACGCGCUGGUAGCGGGGUCCGGGCUGGCCGGCGCGGCUCCAGGGGCCCUCCCGUACUGCCCCUGCAGGUCCAACACUUACUCCUCGGACGGUAACCGGAUGGCGGUCGUGUCCCUCGACCGGAACAGGCAGCUGCAAGCGUGCGAACAAGCGGCCGAGGUGGGGCGGAGCUCCGACGGCGACAUCGAGGUGUGCCUGUGCGGCCUGGUGCCCAAGAAGCCGCAGUUCGCGCGGAAGUGCACGAUCUCUUGCAAGCCCAAGAACUACGGGAAAAGGCCCGGGGAAGACCAGGGCGACGGGAGAGAGGCCUUCAACCAGUACCGCACGGAGUACCGCGACAGCUACAGCAAGCUGGGAGGCAUGAUCACAGCCGAGAACAUCCACUGCUCCACGCGGGGCCACCGGCCCGGCUCCUGACCAGCCCCCGCCACCUCAAGACCGUCACCACCCGCGACUCACGAUUCGGCCAAAUAAACAGAUGUGAUUGCUUUGA